UAACACAAUGUUACUGCUCAAUUAAAAUUGAAAUAGUAAAAUAAUACAGAAAAUGGGCACUUGGGUGUGUUUCGUUAAAUAUACACCCGGUGUGGGGUUGGCGCCACAAUAUGAACUGCGGGAACAUAAUAAACCGGCCAUCCCAAGACGUGCACAUCAUGUGGCCCGUUGUGUGGACAGCCAUGCGGACCUACGCUCCGUACAUCACCUUUCCUGUGGCCUUUGUGGUGGGAGCGGUGGGCUACCACCUGGAGUGGUUCAUCAGGGGGACGCCCAAACCCCGCGAGGACAAGAGCAUUCUGGAACUGAGGGAGGAGAGGACACUGCAGGAGCAAGCCGGGAUGGACGGCACUCAGGUGCUCAGUCUCAAAGACAAAAUGGAGUUUACUCCCAAAGCGGCUCUCAACAGGAACCGGCCUGAAGAGAGCUAACCUCAUUUUCUUCCAAGCGGGACCCUUUUUUUUUAUAGGAUGACAAAACUAUUCCUCACAGCUGGUCACUGCACUUUGGAAAUAACAAUCAAGAAGCAUAAGCACAUGUGUACUUUUGAUGUUUUCGUCUGUUUUCCACUCUACACUCUUACAGCUACACCAAAUGUGACAAAAGGAGCGAUUCUUAAGCUGCUAUACAUGUCAGAAACAGUCACGGGGUCUUUGAUGGUAUGCAGCCAUCUAUGUGGGAGGUCUGGUGAUGUAGCUUAGUCUGCUUUAGUCCUAUUAUGGCAUGGAACAACAUCGAGACUUUCUUAUUAGAAAGUUGUAAGCUGUGCACACUGCCUGAUUCGACUGUACGUCAUGCGGG